UCAGGCCAUUUUAUAAUCAAAUAAGCUAAUAAAGUGAAGGUUGAGAUUUUUUUCCAUCAUUUGCUCAUAUUUAAAAUUCAUUUGAAAUUUUGUGACCAUUCUCUCUAUACCCUGUGCCCUUCAAUUCUCUGUCUUUAUUGCUCUCUCUCGAGCUCUGGUUAUCCAGUAUCAGCUGUCUUCACCUUUUGCACUCAUCAAUUUUGGAUUUUGUACAGAGAAAAACUAUAUAGUUACAGAGAGCAAAUGACAUCAAUCGCAAGCUCUCAUGCUCUCUCUACACCACAAUUCUCUCACCGCUUUCACUUCAAUCCGCCAAUCCAUUCUCAAUGCUUUACAUGCGCCUCUCAUUUCAAGGCCAAUUACUCAUUUGGGUCGUUGAGAAAUUUGAAUUCUAGAGAAAGAAGGAGCUGGAAUUCUAGAGAGAAGGUAUUGCAUAUGAAUGGGGUUCGGGUGUUUUGCAUUAAAGAAGAGAGAGAUUUGGGCCAAGGCAUCCAAUUUCAGGGUAAAAGUUCUGUUGUUUCAAAGAAUGCUGAGAACCCAUCCAGCAAUUUUCUUACUCUUCUCUGUCCAUUGCUCAAGCUCUUCGGUGGAGGGGAUCCAUCUUUGCAGCGGAAUGAGUUUUUAGAGGUGGCAACAUCUUCAUUGUCAACUGCAGCAAGAUUUCCUUGGGGAUCAAAAUCAGUAUUGGAAAGUUCACAUGGCUUUGAGACUGGGCAAAAGCCUCCUCAAUAUUUGAAGCUAUUUGAAUUUGAGGCAUGCCCUUUUUGUAGGAGAGUCAGAGAGGCUAUGACUGAGCUUAAUCUUGCAGUAGAGGUUUAUCCUUGUCCAAAAGGCUCAUUGAGACAUCGGCAGAUGGUGAAAACUCUUGGCGGAAAAGAGCAGUUUCCUUACCUUGUCGAUCCAAACACUGGUGUCUCAAUGUACGAGAGUGGUGAUAUUGUGAAAUACCUGUACAGACAAUAUGGUCAAGGAAGAAAUCCCUCCUUUGGCCUCUUGGAAAGCACAUUAUUCACAGGGUGGAUGCCAACAAUUCUUCGAGCAGGGAGAGGGAUGACAAUAUGGGAAAAAGCUAAACCAGAACCAGCUUCUAGAAUGCUGGAACUGUUCUCUUAUGAAAACAACCUGUAUGCCAGGAUCGUUCGGGAAGCCUUAUGUGAAAUGGAGCUCCCUUACAUCCUCCACAAUGUUGGGGAAGGCUCUCCAAAAUCCGAAUUUUUAUUUCAGGUCUCAGGUUCGAAACAGAUACCUUUUCUAGUUGAUCCCAACACUGGAGCAAAAUUAGGAGACUAUAAGAACAUCUUAUCCUACUUGUUCCAAACAUAUUCCUCUGCUUGUGAGAAUUAGAGCCUUUGGAACUUUGCCUAUAUGGUACUGAAUCUUGACCAUGAAAUUUUGUGUAAGCUAAGAAAAUAAUAGCAUUUGCUGGGUGUAAAAUCCAAUAUUCCGCUGUUAAUGAUAAUCACUCUGUAAUUCUAUGGA